AUGGCAUCACGUGCAGGUCCCCGGGCAUCUGGAACAGAUGGAAGUGAUUUUCAGCAUCGUGAACGUGUAGCUGGCCAUUACCAGAUGAGCGUAUCGCUAAAGUCUGAGAUCAAGAAACUAAUCUAUGCCCACCUGCUGAUUUGGUUACUUGUAGCGGCACAGAUUGGUGUUGCUCACCUAAAACUGGUGCCCCAUGAUUUGGUGGCAAUGCCUUACCAGUGGGAGUACCCUUAUCUACUGAGCAUCGUUCCUUCACUCUUUGGCUUGUUUUCCUUCCCACGCAACAACAUUAGCUACUUGGUGAUUUCCAUGAUCAGUGCGGGUUUGUUCUCCAUCGCCCCUCUCAUCUACGGCAGUAUGGAGAUGUUCCCGGUGGCUCAGCAGCUGUACCGCCACGGCAAGGCUUACCGCUUCAUCUUCGGCUUCUCAGCAGUCUCUGUCUUGUACUUGGUCAUGGUGAUCGCCAUCCAGGUUCACAGCUGGCAGAUCUACUACAGCAAGAAACUCCUGGACUCUUGGUUCACAAGCACUCAAGAGAAGAAAAAGAAGUAAAUUGGGAGUGAGACGGUGCUGAGAGACUUGGAAGUGGGUGCAGCGCAUCCUCCGCAUUCAUGAUGAAUAGUCAAGAUUACUGCAAACACAAGACAAAGGAGGCAUCAGAACUGUUUUCUGAAAUCAUUCGGAAAUGUAAACCUUUUCAGGUGCAGAGCUGUCUUCAAGCCUGUGGCGCUUUGAAAGGUGGCUUCCUCGCUCACACGAAACAUAUAAAUUGUGCUCAUGGAAAAAUGCUUGUGCUUUAUAUCAUGUCUGCUUGUUAUAUCACUUGCUCUUUGUGGUCUUCAACUCAUUAGGAAGAAAUGGAAGACCCAAGUUCUUCUCAGUUCUUCUGUUCCUCGUUAAAAUGAUUACAGAACAAUUUUCUUUUUGGAUUUCAGUUGUCCUAAGUCCGCAGAAUAAACCAUUCCUGAUUUGCCUGUA